AUUCCUAGUCAGUUCUGAAAAACGCUGGGUGUGUGUGGCUUUAUUUAUUUCGUAAUUUUAUGUUAUUGGUCUAAGCGAGAGCUGGUGUUACGACGGCAAUAGAUUUAUACCUUUUAUCAGUCUACUUUCGGCAUUUCGUUCGUCGUUCGACCUCUGACGAGAGCUGUGACCGCUGUCUCAAUUUGUUAGCGAGGUUGCUACAUGGAGUUCGCGAGAUAGGAAUCGUCUAAAUCGCAGGCGUUACCUUUCUGUGUUCCAGCAUCAUAAUACGGGAAGAGUAUUCGGCGAGAAGGAAUGUUAGCACAUUGACGCACGGAACAGUACACGAUCGUUCCCGAAAGGGGAAGUAACACGUUCAGAAGGAAGCUUUUGUUUGGACGAGUGUUUUGAGGAAACCGAACUUCAGAUUUAGUGAGAAGCCAUAUAAGCUUCCAUUUUCUACCUUUAAGUGAUGCCACAACACCUCGAUCAUUAUCAUGGGCACAAGCAUCAGGCAGGCUUUCAUCACCACACUCGCCACUUCCACUCAGAUGAGCAGGUGAAAUCGGUUGAGAAUAUCUUGAAGCCGCUAGAGCUUACUGAUGAUGACUACCGAAAAGUCGUGGACCUUAUGCAGGAGAAGAUGGAAGAGGGAUUGGCCCGAAGCACAAAUGAUAAGGCUACCAUCAAGAUGUUUCCCACAUAUGUGCGUGCUGUACCAAAUGGAACAGAAUCUGGCGAAUUCCUGGCCUUGGAUCUGGGUGGAACCAACUUCCGUGUCCUGCUUGUUUCACUGCAAGGUCAGGAGGUAAAGAUGGAGAGCAAAAUCUUCCUGAUUCCACAGCACAUCAUGCUUGGCACAGGUGUACAGCUGUUUGAUCAUAUAGCAGACUGCAUUUACAAGUUUAUAAAAGAGCACAACGUGAAAGCACAACUUCUGCCUCUUGGCUUUACUUUCUCUUUUCCCUGCCGGCAAAAUGGUCUUGCCAGUGCUACACUCACCACAUGGACAAAGGGUUUCAAGUGUGAAGGGGUGGAAGGCAAUGAUAUUGUUAAACUUCUACAUGAUGCUAUCAAAAGACGUGGGGAUUUAGAUGUGAAGUGCUUGGCUGUUAUUAAUGAUACAGUGGGAGCCCUUAUGUCCUGUGCCCAUAGUGACCGACAGUGUGCAAUUGGCCUCAUUCUAGGCACUGGAAGCAAUGCCUGCUAUAUAGAAAAGCUGGAGCGAGUAGAAAUGGCUGAAGGAAAUGAGCCUGGGCCACCAGAGAUGUUGAUCAACACAGAGUGGGGAGCAUUUGGUGAUGAUGGUUGUCUUGACUUCAUUACAACAGAUUUUGAUCGACAAGUUGACAAGCAUUCUAUUAAUGCAGGAAAGCAAAGAUACGAGAAGUUUGUAUCAGGCAUGUACAUGGGCGAGAUUGCUCGACUGGCUCUGGAGAAAUUGAGGAAGAGUGGCUUGCUGUUUGGUGGUGAGGGAUCGUACCACAUGGCCACUCGUGGGAGAUUUUACACCAAAUAUGUUUCUGAAAUUGAAGGAGAUGAUAUAGACAGUUUUAAAACUACAAAGCAGAUCUUUCAGGAGCUUGAGAUUGAAAAAGUGACAGAGCAGGAUUGUCGUCUUGUCCGCCAUACAUGCAGCCUUGUGUCCCGCCGGGCUGCUUUCCUUGCAUCUGCUGGCCUGGCUUGUUUAUUAAGGAUGAUGGGCAGACCUGAGGUGACCAUUGGCGUUGAUGGCUCUCUCUACCGAUUUCACCCAUUCUUCCAUGAUUUGAUGAUGGAAAAAAUACGAACUCUAGCUCCUGGCAUUCGUUUUAAACUGAUGCUGUCUCACGAUGGAAGUGGCAAAGGAGCGGCAUUAGUGGCAGCUGUGGCCAGUCGCAUUUUGAAAGAGAAAGAAGAAAACUCAGAAAAAACUAGAGACCAUGCAAAAUCAAAUCCUCAUUAAAGAUACCCAACCUGCUUCUGAGACUGAAUUCUUAUACCAUGUGCACGUGUGAUGUAGCAAGCAGUCUGUUUGCUUCAGUAUAGCUACCACAUCAAUUACUGCAACUACUACAGGAUCACCCUUCCUUGCCAUAACCACUGCAAACCAUUCCUGUUGCCCAAAGCAAGCUGGGUGUGCGUUUACUGGCAAAAAAACUUUGUGAAGGAAAUCAGAAUCUCAUAUUUACCUAUUUACUUUUCACUGCCCACUGGAGAUGAAGAAUCUGCUAUGUUGAACAAAAAAGUACAACACAAGCAUUGUUUUUAUGCUUUACCCUGUACAACAAACAAGAAGCCCUCUAAGAUCAAGUGGGGCAAUCUGUAAUGGCCCAGGGGCAUACCAUUUUAUCAUAAGCAGGAUUUGUAGAGAACGUUGUUAUCUGGUGUGCUCUCAUGCUAUGGUGGGAGUAGUGUUGACAAGCCAGGCAGACAUAUGUGCAUGGGGAAAGAGCUGGAUACAAAGUAAGCUAGUAAAUUUGGGGACGGGCUUUAAUGUAUGCUUUGCUUUAUGUUCAGUCAUACACAAAGAGUGCUGCACCUCACUGCUUUUAUUGCCAGAGAAGAUAAAGGUAGGAGUUGGGUAGAAAAAAAAAAAGGUGGUACUCUCGUCUGCUGGUGUCUGUAGGCGGAGGAUAACAGCGUAUAUUGUGAUCCAUUGUGAGUGCUUUUAGCCUCCACUGCAGGCCUUGCAGUGAGAUAAACAGAGAAGUAUGAGGUGUCUAUUUUUGUGGGGUCCACUUUCUUGGCCUAGCUGGGUACAGGCUAUUUGAGGUGGUGGUAAGAGGGUGCAUUGUGGUUACAGAAGUGUGGUUGUCUUAGAGGAGGGGAUAUCACGCAGCUUGUUAGAUUUCAUGUCUUUUUAGGUGUCAUUGAUUUGGUUGAUAUGAACCUGUAAAAUAUAUUGUAUGUGUGUACAUCUCCAUUUUUGGGGAGUGGGAAGGGGCAGGUGUUAAGAAGCAUCUGAAGAUAUGUCAUAGCAUUUGAUUGUAGCGAUGUUUAGGAUAGCAAUUACAUCCAAAAGAUUUCGUGACCACCAGUUUGGUGAAAAUUGUAUCAGGUAUACAUUUUAUAGUCAUCUGACUGUAACUGUAGAAAGCACCUUCCUUCUUAUUUAUCUCUGUUUUAUUCAUGUUUUGUAAAUGGAAUUUAUAUAGUUAUGGUAAGUUUUCAGUUCUUUUGGCAUUAACUGGAAGGUUUGGCUGGUCUAAAGAAUGUUUUCAGUAAGAAAUGCAAACAGCUUCGUGUUUGAGUCUCAGAUAAGACCAGUGAACACUAAGCACUUAAAUAAGCUGGACCCAUGACUGUGUAUACUGGAUGUGUGCUGUGAUGUAUUUGCUUAUGUAAUUAAAACCCCACCCCAGUUUUGCUUUUUUGUGGAUUCUUAUCAGAAAAAUCUAAGUUACCAGUGUCCAUGUCACCAUACGAGUGUUUGUGCAUAUCUGUUCAAAAACAUAAGCAAUGCAAUGCAAAAUGUUUUCCCAUUAUUUCUUAAGGUUCUCACUAGCCUUGAAUUCACACCAAUUUUUUCCCCAUAAAAAUCUAUUUCUUAGUUUAGCAUUUUGAAACACUUUUGUGAAAAUGUAUUUCUUUUUAUUGUUGAAUUUGUUAUUUACCUAUGCUUUAGGAUGUAGAAUUAGGAACAGGUUCAAACCAUGGGUGUGAUAAAAGAUGUGAAAGUAAGAGGAAUUGGACAUUUGAUUAAAUUUGCCUGAGUGCUUGGACUUGCUUGUGUGCCUGCAUUUAUAGGGAGUUUGAAAAGGGCUAAAUAGUUGCUUUGAGAACCAUGGGAAAAAGCCAAUGUAAAAUGGUUAUCCACCUGAUAAAUACCUUAAUAGGAAGCUCAGCAACUGGUCAUUUGUUUAUGUUUGUUUAUUGUCUGUACACUAAGUCAUGACCUCGGUCAGUUGUAUGCGUGAAUUGUAGUUCUUUGUUUUAGAGAUUCAGUGUUACUUGGAUAAAAGAUAAAAGACAGCAAUAGACAGGUUUAUCCUGGGUUCUCCCAAACCUUUCUGUCUUUUUAAAUCUUGCAUCUUAGCUAGUGAAGAGGCUGGUGGACUGUGACUAACAAGUUGAAAAUUUUGUGAACCAUGGCUAUAUUGCUAUCUUUAAAUCUACUUAAAAUGUACAGGGGAUGAAUAUUUAUGGAGUUUAUAAACAUGUAAUGUAUUUAAAAAAAAUGUUGACUGUACAGAGAGAGUAGUAUCUUGAGAAACUGUUAUAUCUUCUGAUGCUAGCAGAGGACCACUGGAAUUGUUUUAAGACUGCAUCAGAGUUAUUGGUGAGAAAUAUACUUCAUCAUAAAGUCUUACAAAUUUUUAGCACUAUUAAAUUUUGAUUUUAUUUUGGCUGGUUGGCAUAUUCCGUGGCUUGAAUGAAAAAGGGAUGAUAGUGUGCGUGCGUGCUGUUUGUUUUUCAUUAGCUUGAAAGGUGUUGGUCUAUGUGUUCCUUGGUGGUGGUGGGAAAUCAUAUUCUUGCUUAUGUAAUAGGUGUGUCCUUUUGUCAGUUUCCUGAUGCAGGAUGUCAGAGAUUAAGGCACCUAUAGCUUGUAUCAUUUACGUGAUUGUCACAGUGGCUGUGUCGUAAAGUCUUGGUUUUCUGUGGUACAUGUAGCUGGCAUCAUAUGAUUAUCAUGAUGGUUGUAACUGUUGUCAUGCUUGGCUUGGUUUCCUGUGGUACAUGUAUUUGCUCAGCUUUAUAUUUCCUUUCUUUUUUUUAGGUCAGCAUUGCUUGGGGGGCCAGGGGUGUUAAUUUGUUGCAUGAAGACGUAAAUGAAUAAGAAUAAAAGAAAUAAGCUUCUUUGGCUGUCGAAGAAGCAAAGCAAGCUUGUGAAUACAGAUGCUUGUAAUUUUAUUGGGAAAACUUUCAUGAAACCAUUUUAAACUUUGCAAAAAAUCAUUUUCUGUUUCAAGAAAAUGGACUUUCUAGAAGAUUUGAUACUUGUUUUCAAAAGAAUAUAACCAUAUAUUUAAACUGCUUUUUAAGUUGUUGGUUUUUUUUUUCUUUAAAUGUUAUUUUCAGAGCUGUGAUUUUGGUGAUGGAUUUAUGGUGCAUAUCGUCUUUCUGAUGUUUAAACUCCUUCAUGUUAAAUCUUAAUUUACUACCAGAAAGAAGUACCUCUUAAAAGAAAUAAUUUUUGUCUAGUUUUUAUUUCUUGUCUCCUUUGUUCGAAAGUGUGAAGCGAUCCCCACCUUGGAAUUUACCUACAAACUUUCUCUCUUGGAUAGUUUUCUUCAUUAAGGUCCUAGUUUUAAGAAUAUUGUACGUUUAAUUUUUCAGACUGGAUCCAAACAAAGAAGCAAGAGUUAGACGCUGGAUAUUAAGCUGUUGUUACGGAUACCUUUCCUCUUUGAUGAACAGGAAUCAUAAGUCGGCUUUUUAUUUUUAUUUUUUUUUUGAUUAUUCUCUUCUGUGAUCUUUUUAGGUGAUCUGGUGUUGUAGUGAGAAAACACCAGACAGUGAAGGUCUUGUCUCUAGUCCACAGUUUGUCUGCCCACUGGAUAGGUCUAGCUGUCCUUGGCAUAGCUACAGUUGCUAACUCAGCAUAAAAUAACAACCAAUCAUAAACGUCUGGUGUGUGCUGGUGGUUUGUAUUUUGACCCAAAACUUUGGCAUACUAUCAUAGGUGGCGCUGUGUGCCGUUUUUAACCAGGAAGUGAAGCGUCGGUGCAUAUGGUCAGACUGGCAAAUUCUUUAUAAUAAAACUGCAGGAGACUACCAUUAUGGUGUACUACACAAAUGAAACUAUUGUAAGAAAUGUUUCACAUAAGAAUAUCAUGGUUUUCCAUCACAUCAUUUAAGCUUACUGUUCUUUAGAGAAUUGAUCCUAUUAAAGUAUUUGCAUGAGGCACUUUUUGAGAUCUUUUAAAGUGAGGCAACCAUUGCCAUUCAUAUGUAGGAUUAGUGGGCUUGGUCAAGAUCCACAGUAGUACUAUUCGGAUGUAUGUGUGUGUAUUUAUAUGUACGUAUGGCAAUACCUGUAUCAGAUGCACAAAGUCAUUCGGUAAAGGUGUUCUUCUUUAAGUAGUUAAAUAGUCAAAAUCACAUCCUGCUUAGCUUGCAUCAAAUGCAGGUUGUCAUAACCUUUUAUUCACAGGAAAAGGUCUGUGGCUGCAGUAGGCUGGACAGUUGGACUAUUGCAAAGAAGUGUUCGCCUCUUAGCAUCUAGUCAGCUGCAGUGUUUAGUGUAGUGUAUUAUUUAUUUACAUUUGUUUCAACAGUUUCACCCUGGAACCGCCUUACAUUAGGUGUAGUUGUUCGUGUGCCUGAUUUUAGCAGCAGCUUCUUUUUAUUGGAUGUUUGUAAACUUACAGAUGUAAUAAAGAUAUUCCUAUUC